GACUUGCAUACUAAAUGAGAAAACCUUAACAGCUGGGGAACCAAACAAAAACAGAGCCAUUGGUUUUGAGCCACAAUGUCUGAUAUCAUUCAUUUACAUGAUAAUUUUUAAACUUUAAGUAUAAAAAUGCCACAUUUAAUGUAUUUUACUUCAUCUUGGUAUCAACAGAUGUAUAACUGUACUUUUAUGCUGAUUAUUUUGUUACAGAUGGAAAAAGAGGGUCAUAGUAAGGUGUGGGACUACUUCACUAAAGAUCCAUCCGGUGAUUUCAUCUGCAGCAUCUGCUCAUCUUCAGUAGGCCAGGGGUCAGACAAAAGCAAGUCAAAAAACACAACUAACUUGUGGCACCAUCUUAAAAGUAAGCACAAAGAUGACUACGAAGUUGCACAAUUUCAGGCAAAGAAAGGGACAGGAACUCAAAUGACACUUCCACAAGUUGUUGAAUGAACAGCAAAAUGGGGCCCAAAUGACCAAAAGGUCAGAGAUAGAUAAGCUCUUAAUGGAAAUGAUUGCUACAGAUAUCCUGCCCUAUGCUGUUGUGGAGGGAGUGGGAUUUAAACGACUGGUUGCAAAACUGGAACAAAGAUAUUCACUGAAAAAUGAAAAAUAUUUCCGCACAAAGUUGAUGGGAGAAACAUACCAAAAGGUUGUGAACAAGGUUAAACAGCUUCUUCAUGCUGACAAUUCUGGACCCCUUGCCUUCACUACAGACUGCUGGUCUGGAGCUGGUGAAGCCCUCGUAAGUUUAACAGCUCACUUUAUUGACAAAAGCUGGCAGAGAAUCCAGCUAGUGCUGAACGUGAAGACAAUGUUUGGUUCUCACACAGGAGAAUAUAUAAGGGAAACUUUCCUUAACUUAUUAAAAGAGUGGGACAUUGACCAUGAGAGGGUGCACCUGGUACUGAGGGAUAGCGGAGCCAACAUGGUCAAAGGCAUGAGGCUUGCUGAAUUGCCUGGACUGAGCUGUACUGCUCACACACUGCAACUGGUCAUAAAUGACGGCUUAAGUGCACAGCGAGCUGUAGGGGACAUGCUGGCAAAAUUUAAAAGAAUUGCCACUCAUUUCAAUCAUUCAACAGUCGCACAGCAGUGUUUUGCAAGCAGAUGGACCACAUACAGAUACAAGCACCGACCCCUCGAUCAAGAGAUACUCAGUCAGGCUAAAAGUUGGCUACAAGAAGAAAUGCAGAGUCAAACAUCUGAAGAAACAAAACUGGCCAUUAUAACAGAAGAGGAGGAAGACCCAAAAAGAAGGCGAGUAGGCACAGAAAGUAUUGUUGACUGCCUAUUUGAUAACAUGCUCGCAGCGUCUACAAGUGAGGAAGAACAAUCAGAUGAUGUUCUUGAGGAACUGGAAAGAGGAGGGAUUUGUCUUAGAUGGCCAAAAAACGCACAGUUUGAUCCCAGCUUGAAAUACUGUGCUCCAAUUCAGGAAGCCCCAGUGUAUGCCUUACCAGUGUUUUCCAACCCUGGUACUCAGGGACCACUGUCCCGCAUGUUUUACACAUUGCCCUAUCAAACACCAGUGUUUCCCUGCUGCCAGACACCUGACUUCAAUGAAUUACUUCACUGGCUGUCGGUUAACUUCUGGGUAAAUAUCAAGAUCCUGGUUAUGGUCUUUAGGGCCUUACAUGGAAAAGCACAUCACACAUUAGAGAUCUUCUCAGUUCCUACACCCCUAGCAGUGCCUCGACAGCACAAUCUCAAUAAGAAGAAUGUGCACGCUCAAAGAACUUGCAGUAUAUCUCAAUGA